AAUUAUUGGACUAGGCCUAUCCAAAAUGGCGGCUGUCUCUGAAUUUUCAAGCCGCUCAGCUUUGUUAUUUUGUCAUCCUUCUAUGGAAAGUUUGGCUCAGGCAAUUGAACAAACGUGUGACACAGAAUCUACCAAAGCUGCUUUAACACCUAGAGAUGCAAACUUACCGAUCAAAACUGAAGUCUCCCCACAAUCCAAGAAAUGCUUCCAAACAGUUGAAUUCCGAAAGACAAUACAAUGGGAAUCAUUCAAUGAUGGAUGGCCAAAUCUUUUUAUUGAAAAUGUGAAGGAGUGUGCUGGCAGAGAUGUUAUCUUUUUGGGAAGUUUCCAUUCACCAGAAGUAAUAUUUGAACAAGUCAGUAUGCUCUAUACAAUGCCCAGUUACUAUCCUGCUAAUCAUAUAAGCAGAGAAAUGGACAGGCAACCUCUGUGGGAGAGGUAUUUGGCAAGAUCUUUCAAAUUCAUCCUCCCUUAUUUUCCAACUGGAACAAUGGAGCGUGUGGACACUGAAGGACAAGUGGUUACAGCUAAGACACUUGCCAUGUUGCUCUCUCUGAUUCCAAGCACAGCUCGAGGUCCUGCUCAGAUUGUUAUGUAUGACAUACAUUGCUUGCAAGAAAGAUUUUAUUUUUCGGACAACAUAAUACCAAGGUUAGAGACUGCAAUACCAUUGUUGCACAGAGAAAUGUCCAGACUUGCAAAUGAAUUUGAUUUCAAAAUCUGCAUUGCUUUCCCGGAUGAAGGGGCUUGUAAGCGAUUCCAGUUGCUGUUCUCUGAUUUUCCACUUAUUACAUGUACAAAGAUUCGAAAUGGAGACAAACGCAUUGUGCAGGUGAAGGAAGGUGAUCCUGGAGGGAAGCAUGUGAUCAUUGUUGAUGAUCUGGUGCAGACUGGAGGAACAUUAAAGAAUUGUGCCGAGGCCCUAUUGAAUAAAGGAGCAAAGACUGUAUCAGCAUUCGUAACUCAUGCUGUUUUCCCGAAGGACUCAUGGAAAUCUUUCACUACAUCCAAAAGCAAAGUUCCUUUUAAAUAUUUCUGGAUUACGGACUCAAUCCCUCAUGCAGUUGAGAUUGCAAAGCACGCUCCAUUCAAACUACUCUCGCUCUGUGAUUCCAUUUCCCAUUGUUUGUUGGGGUUUGAUUUGCUCCAGUCAUGAUGUUCAUUUGGCCAAAAAUGCAUUUCCUUUAUAUUAACCAAAAUUUGUAAAUCAAUGAGAGAGUUUUGCUCAGUCAGCCAAACAGGUGGUAGCCGCUGUGUAUUUGCUGAAUUGUGGAAAUCUUCACUUUAGACUUGGUCCCUGGUUCAGUUUGAUCAAGUGCUGUGUUUCAGCUGGAGGGCUAAAAUGCAAGUUUCAAUAGCGCACCGUUUUUCAGAUGAGACGUUUAAGCCAUUGUUCAUCUGUGCUAUAUGGUCCAUGUGCACGUUAAAGAAUGCAGUAUACUCUUUGAUAAGAGUAGGAGAUCCCAGUGUACUGCCUAAUUCAUCAUUGGAAAUGAGUAUUCAGACUUAUCCUUUGUGUAUUUCACACCGAAUAAAUCCAAUCCAGUCCAAUCUAAAAUUUGGUUUCUAUAAAAAGUUUUAAAUUUGUAAUUGCUUAUUUAUGUUAAAAAUUUGUUUUAAAUUGGUAUUGCUUUAAGUAUA